AUGUUGAAGGCUUGGCCGUACGUGAUUCUGAUCGACUCAACGUAUAAGACCAAUGCAUAUAAAUGGCCGUGGGUGGAGGUCGUAGGUGCUACUCCAGUUGGGAAGAAUUUCAACAUCUGUUGUGCUCUCAUGAAGGAUGAGACAAAAGAGUCGUAUCUUUGGCUGUUGCAGUGCAUACAACAAUUGCUCCAUCCACGCGUGCCCAGUGUCAUCGUCACCGACCACGAAGGUGGACUACUUGCUACGGUUCCUGUGGUCUUCCCCCGCACCCCGCAUUUGCUAUGUGUUUGGCACAUCAACACCAAUGUGCAGAAGAAGUGUUUGGAAAUAUUUGGGAAGGACAGGAUGGAUUUGGUCAACGAGGCGUACGAUCAAUAUUGGUGUCCUAUGCUUUAUUCUUGGUCAGAGCAAGGUAUGUUGGCCGCGUUUGGCCGCUUUAGGACAAGAUGGGGCAAUUACGAACCACGUCUGUUGCAAUACAUACAGGGAGUGUGGUGGCAACAUCGAGAAAAGUGGGCUGUUUGUCAUACAAAAAAUGUGUUUCAUCUAGGAAAUACGAGCACAAACAGGGUUGAUUCGUCACAUUCCGCUUUGAAAACUUUCCUCCACAACUCGCGGGGAUCUAUGGACACUGUAUGGAAAGGAAACCACCGCUACAUUACUAACCAACUCGGGGAGGUUAGGAUGAUGUUGGAAAACUCUAGACAGAAAACCCUUUCAGCAUCCGGUGGUACACCAUUCACAUACUUGAGAAGGAAGGUCAGCAUGCAGGCAAUUAUAUUAAUGAAGGAGGCUGAAGAAGAAUUGGCUGCCCGCUUGGAAAAAAAUGAGAACUCCCGAUGUGCAUGUCAUUUCUCUGUGACACACGGCUUGAGGUGUGGAUGUCAAGUUAUGGAUGGCUGA